GAGCGAUUGCGAUAACUUGAUAAUACUGAUAAGAUAUUCGUAUUUUGUACAUCAUAUCUAGCACACGUCAAGUACGCGUCAGUGCUAGGAGGAAACUCGUACGAAGAGUCUCAUAAAAUCUAGUCAAUCGCCGACAGUCUUUUGUUUUAACGGCGAUCUUGAUGUGUCAAACUUUUUUUUGUGAUUUUGUGGUGUUGUGAAGUGAGAGGGCAAGCUAUUGGAUGGAACAGGAGUGAAAGGGAGGCAGGAUGUGUGUCAGCGCGCGAGCGGCGCACGCGCUACAGCAUGUAAACCUGCUGCUUGUGCUGUUCGCCGGCGCCGCUCUAUCCACAGGCGCUCGCCUCCGCUGGGACCCGACCCUCUACAUUGCGAUCCGAGAACUGCUUCCGUUCGAGUACCGAGUGCUGGCGGGGGCGUUACCGUCCGCAGGAGCCGCGUUACUCGCCGCGGCGCAUCUUGCCAUCGUGGCCUCCCAACACAGGCCCAAGAGAAUCCUGCUUUACACGUAUGCAGGCCUAAUGACUCUUGGGAUGGCAUUGGAGAUAGCACUCGGAGUCUGGGUGUACUCCCGCAUAGUGGACUUCAUGAAUUCCCCUGCGGCCGAGGAGAUGGAGCACAUCCUGGCCACGAGGGAGCACCUGGAACCGCUGCUGCAGCAUCUGUCGCGGUGGCACAAGAUCCCGGAGCAUCUUAGUGAGCUUGUCAAGGAGGCAGAAGCAGACGCCCCCUGGAACGGUUACGUAGCGGCCGCGCUCCUGGUGGCGUUCUUCCUCCUCCAGCUCUUGGGCGUGGUGUUCGCGAUAAUGGCGGCGCGCGCGCCGGCCAAGGACAAACGUCAUGUGCAUACAAAGUAUACAAACGGAGGACUAUCUGCCAGUCGCGUGUCGCUUGUGGAUUCUAUCAGAAGCAGCCUCAGCGGCCGGAGCCGAAGCAACGUAAACGUGGUACCGCAGACGCCGGCCAGCGUCAGGAGUUACCGAAGCGGCAGAAGCGGCGAGGAAUACGCGCCGCUGAAAGCCAAAUACAAGAACGGGGUUCUUGUGCCGAUAUGA